AAGCUAGAAGAGUGAAAAAAAACCUCUGAUUUCCCAGUCCUGAGCCCUCUCUCUGUCUCAAAGGCCGCCCCGGAAAUCUCGAUUUUUCCUUUCACGCGGCAGCAAGGUCAAAGGCGAUUCACUCCCUGCCGCAACCGAAUUUCUAGGCUUCCAGUACUGAAGCUGUUAAGCAGAUCUAGACCUAUAUCAAAUCCCACAACCUCCAGGGUGUAAUUUGUAAGAUGUUGAAGCAAGUAAUAGGGAAGGUUUUGAGCAAAAGGGUAGUUUCAGAUUAUGGAGAGAAGCUUCUUUUGCCUUGCGUGUACUUGCCCACAAGUUCUUUUCACAGUGGACAGAUUCAUCGUGCGCCAAGAAGUUUUUUUGGGGUAGAGGAUUUUCUUGAUGAUGAUAAUAGCAGGCCAUACACUUACAAGAAGGAGAAAAAGUCAAAGAAUCCAAAUAAACAUAUGUCAUUUAAACAACGCACUGGAGCCUACAUGGAGCCAUUUACACUUGAUGUCUUCAUCUCAAAGCGCUUUGUUUCUGCUUCCCUUACUCAUAGGGUGACAUGUAAGCAGGUUGCUGUGGGGGGCACAAACUCUAAGGACAUUAAAGCAGUACUGAGAUCAAGAUCAGACAUUCCUGCAUGCUUGGCAAUUGGGCGGAUUUUAGCUGAGAGAGCAAGAGAAGCUGAUGUAUAUACUGCUUCUUAUACUCCCAGGGAGAGGGACAAAUUUGAAGGAAAAAUCAGAGCCGUGGUUCAGUCCCUCAUUGAUAAUGGAAUUGAUAUCAAAGUUUAUCUUGACUGAAUAAGUUGAAUUCAAUUUUGAUGCUUUACUCAACCUUGUGGAAAAUGUUUUCUAUUGUUUUAGCUUGAGAGUAUGAUUGAACCAAAACCAUAUGCUGGGUAUGAAAACAAAUUUGACUGUUGCAUUUCUAUACCUUUUUUGUUUUUUGUAUAUAUGGAGUCAAUUCACUUAUAUUAGCGU